AAUGGACCAAUGAGGAAGCAGCAUCAUGUAGGUUUUCCGCUUUGCCCGAACUUCUUGACAGAUCCGACUUCAGAUUGAGAGAAUUCAAGAUGGCUGCUACAGGUUCUAAAUAAAGGGCUAACUCCUCUAAAUCCUGCUGUGCAUGAAGCUCUCCUGAGGUUGUGGUGUCUCAGUGCUGUGUCCACCAGCUCCUCCUGCUUCUCAUCAUGUCCUCCACCUCCUCCUCCUACUCCUCCUCAGGGGAGACCAGUCCGGAGGAUGUACCCAGAGGUGGGGGCACCAUCCGAGUCUACCUCCCCAACAAACAGAGGACAGUGGUCAAUGUCCGCCAAGGGCAGACUGUGCACGAGAGUCUAGAUAAAGCGCUCAAAGUGAGAGGCCUAAGCCAAGACUGCUGUGCUGUAUUUCGCCUUUUAGAAGGUCGUAAGAGACUGACAGACUGGGACACAGACAUCACUCCUCUGGUUGGUGAGGAGCUUUUAGUCGAAGUCCUGGAUGAUAUUCCUCUCACCAUGCACAACUUUGUACGGAAAACUUUCUUCAAGCUGGCUUACUGUGAUUUUUGCCACAAGUUUCUUUUUAACGGCUUCAGAUGUCAGACAUGUGGCUACAAAUUUCACCAGCACUGCAGCAGCAAGGUGCCUACUGUGUGUGUGGACAUGGAUACAGUGAGCAAAAGGUGUGAGCCCAAUCCCUGCACAGAUGAAUAUCCACAGAUACUAAUGCCAGAGAAUUCCCCGUCUCAGAGCAACCUAGCCUUAACCCCAGAGCCUGCUGGAAUGGGCCUCCUGUCCCCGACCUCGACCUUUCACUUCCCCAUGUCAGGUGGAGAUGGCCAGUCUCUACAGAGGCACCGCUCCACCUCCACUCCUAAUGUCCACAUGGUCAGCACAGUGGGCCCUGGUAGCGUCAGCAUCAUUGAGGAAGCAGUAAAAUUACAUAACACAAUGGGCCCUGAGCCCUCACCAAAGCCCUCCACCAGUCCACCCUCUUCUCUUGGCUCUCCAGGAAGGAGACCACCCAAGUCCCCUUCAGAGCACAAGGAGCGCAAGCCCUCCUCGUCUGAUGAAAAAAAGAAGGUGCAUCGAGGUGCCUACAGAGACUCUAGUUACUACUGGGAGGUCCACUCUCGAGAAGUCAACAUCCAGAAGAGGAUAGGUGCUGGAUCCUUUGGAACUGUCUUUAAGGGCAAAUGGCAUGGAGACGUGGCAAUCAAGAUACUCAAAGUCAAAGAGCCAACGCCUGAGCAGUUGCAGGCAUUCAAAAAUGAGAUGCAGGUCUUACGGAAGACCCGCCACGUCAACAUCCUGCUGUUCAUGGGCUAUAUGACUAAGCCCAACUUUGCCAUCAUCACACAGUGGUGUGAAGGCAGCAGCUUGUAUCGCCAUCUGCAUGUCACAGAAACCAAGUUUGACACUAUGCGUCGCAUUGAUGUGGCCCGACAGACAGCACAGGGCAUGGAUUAUCUUCAUGCGAAAAACAUUAUUCAUCGAGAUCUGAAAUCAAACAAUAUUUUCCUCCAUGAGGGCUGGACUGUCAAGAUUGGCGACUUUGGCUUGGCCACAGUGAAGUCUCGGUGGAGCGGCUCCCAGCAGGUUGAACAGCCCAGUGGAUCCAUUCUCUGGAUGGCUCCUGAAGUGAUCCGGAUGCAGGACAGUAACCCGUAUACGUUCCAGUCUGACGUGUAUGGAUACGGAGUAGUGCUGUUUGAGCUGAUGUCAGGGGCGCUGCCUUACUCCAAUAUCAACAACAGAGACCAGAUAAUCUUCAUGGUUGGACGCGGUUACUUGUCUCCAGACCUCAGUAAGCUGUAUAGUACCUCGCCUAAGUCAAUGAAAAGGCUGAUUAUCGACUGCCUGAAGUUCAAGCGUGACGAGAGGCCCCUGUUUCCACAGAUCCUGGUAGCCAUUGAGCAGGUGCAAGACCUGCUGCCAAAAAUUGAGCGGAGCCGCUCAGAGCCGUCGCUGCACCGGGCCGUCCAUGCUGAGGACCUGAACCCCCUCCUGUUCCACACCACCAGGCUAAUGCCCCUCUAAGCUCCCUGCAGCACCGAGCGGAGAGGCUGUCACCUUGUCCAGAACCACAGCAUUCCUGUGCCUCAGAGAGGCCACAGCUGGCUGCCCUGACAGGCCAAGUCCCAAAACUAACUCUCCAGCAAAGCUCAGUAACAAACUGUAGAAAUAACUUUAACGUGUUUCUUAGUCUAAUAGUGAGCCUUCUUUCCCUUUACAAAGACCUGACCACCAGGGGAAAGAAGGGUAUCUAGAUGCAUGUUAAAAUGUCUGACAUCAGGCCAACUGAGGAAAUCCAUUGAACAGGUUGACUUGCAUUUGACAAUCUGACCUACUGGGAGGCAAACGUCAUACUAAAAACAUCUAGCGGCUGUUUAUAGAAAAAUCUGAAAACCACAUGAUGUGCACAUGCACUGCAGAAUUAUUGUUUCCCAUUUUCAGGAGUAAAAUAGUCUUAUUCAGACCCUUUAGGUGCGCUGUGAUUAUAGCCAAAAAUGUAAAUCAUUUCAACAGCCAUGAAGCUGGGCUGCUGGUGCAGGUCACUGAUCAGCUUCCAUCUUAAAACGCUCAGCUGUCAUGUGGCCCUUUCAGUGUAAUGCAGCACUAGUGUGACUGGAGGCCUGAGAUGUGAAGCUAGUGAUGUGAAUGCAAAUGGAACGCCUGCUUUAGAAGGUUUUUGUUAAAGACUGGACAUUUUGUCUCAUUGGGGACUUUUGCAGAUAUUUCCACACCACUGUAACAAACCUACAGGAGCAGGCAGAGGAGGUGAAAGUCAGACUUUAAAAGGCCUACAAUAGCAACAGGCACCUUGAGACACGGAACUUUGCAAAGAGGUCUAGUGAAAAAUCACCGUGUAUGAAAGUUACCUUGCUGAAGCUCUCUGACCACUGAGUGUAGCAGUGAAAGUCUGACAGAGACAAACAGGUCUGUCAAAUCACUUUGGAAAAACUCAAUCAUUAGGGUACAUAUCCUCAAGUAGUCACUCAGUUGUCUUUGGAAUCACAACAUGUAUCUGGGGACAAAGGUCCCAGUAAUGGUGCAGUAAACUCAGAAUUAUCUAAUGGCCAAAUGAGCAGCUAACUCAGCAGGGCCUGGCAACAUUGACUAUAGAUCCAAAUCAAAAUAUUUUAGCAACACUCUGCUGUUUGGGGGGUAGAGAGGCAUUUAUAUUACUUAAUCCUUUAUUUAGUCUUAAAAUCUUAUCGAUUAGGAAUAGCGCAACUGAUUUCACUGACUUAGCACUUAAAAAACAGAAUACUGCCCCAUCAUUCUGUUUCUUAAGCUAUUGUCACGUCAUUUCUAGCUUACUCUAUUCCACUGGACAGAUCUGUUUGGCCCAGGAGUUUUUCAGUAAAAACAAGUUCACCUUGAUAUUCAUUUCUUGUUUUUUCCCAGCAGAGAAUCCCAACAUAUUUUCAAGACUAUUCCAGACUGAUUCAGUACAGUUAUUACUAGUGUGUCAUCUUUAUUGGUCUAGCCCUAAUACACAGUGGAUACACAGGAAUACAUUUCCAUGCUGAUGCAGUCACCUUACAGCUGUCAACAAAGCACAGCCUCAAGAACCAGAAACAUAAAACUCUCUAGAUGUUUUUAGUCUGAUUCCGUUCCUAGUUUCAUUAGAACAUCAUCAGAUUCCAGAUAGAUGGUUUUUCUUCCUGUUGUCAACACACUGCUGGCCAUGCAUUAAUACUGUAGUAACACUGAGUAAUUUGGCUGAUUAGCUGCUCUGAUUUGGACUUGGGUAGAUGUGAGAAGUGUUUAAUGUUCUGUAAAAAAAUGAGGUGUGUGUCAAAUGAAACGGGCUGUAAGUGUCCCGACUGAAGACAGAGGUGUUCCAGCUGCCAGCCUCUCUUUCAUAUUUCUGUCUCUCACAAGUCGUGCGAACAGUUUUUUUCUUAAAGGCACAGAUGGUGACGCUCUCCGUUAUACACGGGAAAGGAGAUGAAAUAAUUAAUGAAAUAGAGGUCCAAACCCUGCCUGAGGUCAUGGCUGUACACUGUAGGGUUACUCUCAGAUAAGAAGACAGUUGGAACCAUUCGUCUGUUGAAAAGUAAAAAUCUGGUGGCGUUUUUUCCAGGUAGAGUUGGAGAAUGUGCAGGCACUUUCACCUUGUGUUAGCAUGUUUUUUGACACUUUAAUAGUAGUCAGUGUGUAGAACAACCUUGUAUCACUAUAACACAGUGGAACGUCUCUCUGCCUGUGUGCUGUACAUUGAAAUCAGUGUUUCUGUUCUGAGGCUGGGCGACCUGUUGAUCAUGGUGCUCAGUGUGAUUGAUCGGUAGGUCUGUAGCUACUUCCUGUUUUCUUCAUGGUAGACAAUAGUUUCAGUAAAGCAGAAACUGGUGUUUAUUUUGAGGUAUUUUCUUCAGGAUUGCAUUUGGCCCUGUAGACACAUUUCCAGCAGUUGUGGAUGUAUAAUAACUCUGGUUAAAACAAGCUGCCUUACACAACUGUUGGUUGUGGUUAAAGUAAAAUCUACAGCAGCAGGAACCCUUCCUUAGUAAUAACUGUGGAUCUGUAGUGUGGUGUCACAGCUGUAGAGGUAUGAAAGGACUUCAAGCUUCAGUGUAUGUUGCUGUGCUUUUUUUUUUUACAGGCAGUCAUUUGUGAAACACUUUUGUUUUAAGAAGACUGAGCCUCUUCACGGUUUAUAAAAAUAAUCCCAUGCAGCGUAGAUCUAUCAGAAGUGGUAGUGCUGGUCUGUCUUUCCUGAAGCACACUCAGCUGCUUUUCCUGUUGGCCGGUGUGAAACCGGUUUGAACUAUAGGCUGCGUUCACAUUAGCACCUCUGAUGCCAACGUUCACAAUCCCAGAUAUAAUCUGAUUUCUGCUUCUCAGGUUUGACACGAUUUUUAGAUACAAAUAUAAGCCAUAAUUGUUGUAUCAUGUAGUUUUGAAGGGAUGCUCUACAGGGCCUUCAGCCUCUUCCUCUACAAAGCAGCUGACAGUGAGAGUCAUAGAGUCACACCUGAUAGACAGAUGGUAAUCACACUCCUGUGGAUAGCACACGGCAUCACUAGCUUUCCAUCCAGCUACAGUCUGAAUGAAAAUGGUUGAUUGUGGGAAACCAAGGCAUCCGUAGAAAUGGAUGUUUGUUUAAUGGAUGACGCUCUCUGUGGUUCAGCUACGCUUGGAUCCGUUCAGACUUAUCCCAACACUUUCUAUGUUUGAUGUUUGACCUCAGUCUGGCAGGAACAAACAAUCUCAUCACAAAGAUCCACUGAGGCGCUACUCUGGACUCAUAGGACUGUCACUUUUUCCAAUAUGGAAUUUUGAACUAAUUCAAGCACAAUCUAUAUCAGCUUCAGGACAGACGAUGCUGAAGGUGAUAUAGAUGUUCUGUCAUCUUGUCUUAUAACUGGGUACCAUACAAAUCUUACUAUCCUACCAGUAAAGACCUUUUUUUGUGGUUUGGUGUGAAGAAGUAGGCCAUCAGAUGAGGUACAGUUGACGUCCACUUGUUUCUGGUGCCUUCACUGCUUCCUUUGGGUGGCAAGUGAACAGUUUUCUCCCAACUGUCAUCUUCCUCCUUUAUUGUCUUUAUUCCUCAUAAAAAGUGACAGUCCUAGCCCCUGAAUGAGCUUGUGAUGAGCUUGUUUUCUCAUCUGAUUAAGGUUAAAUUGCUUAGUGUUUGGCUUCUGGCCGUGGUAUCUCCAGAAACUCCAUCAGACCCAUGUGGCUGUAGGCCCAUGCACAGCGAACACAGCCCUCUUUGGCUUCAUUUCAGCUACCAAGUGAAGAAAGAGCAACUCACCUCUCAAUCUUCUCCGUUGUUUCCCAGCCAGAGCCGUCACACAGACCUUUUUUUGAAACAUUUCCACCAAUUCAGUGAGAUCAGUGCUGGCUGUUGUAAGUGGUGAUCUUGGAGGUGUUAGCAUGACGGUAGCAAUGGGUCUUAUGGUUUUUAUUAAUGGACUAGCAGCAGCUGUGGGGGUGUUGGUGGUGUUGUGGCCAUGCUUCUCUGUAUACUGUAUGUGAUGUGACUGAACAUUAAGCAGAGUAGAUCUUAACGUCUGUGUCGGUCACUAGUGAACUGACUGCAGAUUGAACCAUGAUAUUUUAAUGUUGUGAAACUAGGGGCUGGGUACCCUAACUGUUCUUACUUAUUCCAGUUUUGUGGGUGGGCCGUGGUUGGGGGAGGGGGCACUGGGUGGUAGUUUGUUAACCAGGGUUGGGGAAGAUUUGUUUCCGUCUUUCUUUUAUUUAUUGAUUUCCAUGCAGAAGCUCUCAUCUGCGACUGCGACUCUUUGGGAUGGAUUAAAUGUUUACCGAGAACGCUUCGGUCUUUGAAACGUUCAUGUCGUUGCCAGGCGCUCUCUUUCCAGUAAGAAUGUUCUUUUAGGCAUGGUACUGUCUGCUCUUCCAAAUAACUUUAAUCUGACACCGUCUGCUGCAGGGCAUUUGUAAUGACUGUUCUUUGAAACAUCCUGAGCACAAACUAGUUAUCCAGCAUGUUAGGGGUUCACUACAUUAGCAUUUCUUAAUAGCAACACUUAAAACAACUGUAAAAUUAACUUAUGUGGUGGGUGGCGUGUUUAAAAUUGAGCCUGUCCAGUGAUAUUUGAGUGUAACUUAAGUAUUUAAAUGGCCUAAGGCUGCUGAAUGAAAUCUUUUCUAAAUGAGCUGCUUUUUGUAACCUUUCAGCGGUAGCAGCAACUGAAUGUCUUUUCUUUUUUUGUUCUUUUUUUUUUUUUUAAUCCAUGAUGUAAGAUCAGGAGUGCUUUACAAUAAUGUAACACCGGGUUUCUUGUGAAUCAAUGUAAAAAGUGCAUCACCACUCAGAGGACCCACUGUCCUGGAGGACUUUUCCCUGUUAGGAAAGAAAUUUGAAUCAGUUUUGCAUAGGUGUGGUGUCUCCCAAAGAUAACUGUGUUCAUCUGAUAUCUAAUGGAGGAGGAAACAAUUGCCACACUUCAUGGAAACCCCUGUUAAAACGGACCCCAACAGCUUCACCACACAUGCAAGAGGCUGCGCAGCCUCUGGAGACCUGCAGGGGCGCCAGAGGGGGGAAUCCAGACUUAACACAGCUGUUUGUUUCACAGAAGAAGAGAGUGAGCGAGCUGUAUCAGAGUAGUUUCUUUAUCUUUUUUGUCUUUUCAUAUCUGUAGGUGAAUUGCAAUACUUGUGUCUAUAGUUUCUGAGGUGUCAGGGGUGUUCAGUUUGCAAUAAAUGGUAUAUUCUGCUGUG